UACGCUUUGAUUGGUUUAGAGUUCAGACUUUGUACUGAUUGGCGGAAUGCCCGCGUGAGUCUUGAGUACUAGCCAAUCGUAUGUAGGGGAUGUGACAGUCUUAGCCAAUCCCAGCAAGGAGGCGGGGUUUGGCGGAAAUCGGUUGUGAUUCCGAAAAUAAUACCGCGAUUGUUCAUAAGCGGUUGUAAGUGAGCUGUGUUAUGGAGCUGGAUGUACACUUCAUGUACGGGUGAUAUGAAGAUGAAUUUUAAACGCCGCUAUGGAAAGAAUGCGUGCUCGUCGUUUUCUACCCUUUGGUUCUCCGAGUUCAGCGGAAACCGUCAAACUCAGGACGCGGAAAUCAAAACUUUACCGGAAGGAAAAUAACGCGAUUUCGCGCGUGCACGGUUUUCUCGGGGUCGGCAUCGUGCUUUUCUCUGUGCUUUUUCGUCUGGUUAACUGCCUCCUGGUUCAGACCAGCUUCGUCCCGGAUGAGUACUGGCAGUCGCUCGAAGUCUCCCACCGGAUGGUCUUCAGCUAUGGCUACGAGACGUGGGAGUGGAAGGAAGGGAUUCGAGGUUACUCGUACCCUCUGCUCUUUUCUGUAGUGUAUAAAACUCUCCACCUGCUGCAUUAUGAUACGGUUCAGCUCCUGGUCCUGUUACCGCGAGUUCUUCAGGCGCUUCUCGCAGCGCUCGCUGAUGUAAAGCUUUACGAAAUCACUCGCAGGUGGGAGAACCCAGAAGUGGCCAAAUGGACCUAUUUUUGUCAGCUGUGCUCGUGGUUCACCUGGUAUUGCUCCACCCGCACCCUCACUAACAGCAUGGAGACGACGCUGACCGUCCUGGCGCUCAGCUAUUACCCACUGCACGGCUCCAGAGCGCACCACAGCUGGAAGUACCUCUCGCUCGUCUCGUUGGCCGUCGUCGUUCGCCCGACGGCUCUGAUCGUGUGGCUGCCGCUGCUGCUUCAUCACCUGUGGCGCGAGGAGAACAAGCUGAAGCUCGUCACUCAGCAGGGACUUCCUGUCGCGGCCGUCGCGCUGACCCUCUCUACACUUAUAGACUGCACGUUUUAUGGAAAGUGGACUUUUGUCCAGUGGAACUUCCUGAAGUUUAACGUGCUGCACAACGUGGCUGAGUUUUACGGUACACACCCCUGGCACUGGUACUUCACUCAGGGCUUCGUGGUGGUGAUCGGCCCGCACCUGCCCUUCUUCCUGCACGGCUGCACCCUCGUCGCCAGGAGACACAGAGUCCUGCUGAUCAGCAUCACGUGGACCCUGAUCGCGUACAGUUUUCUAGCACACAAGGAGUUCCGCUUCAUCUACCCCGUGUUACCCUUCUGCAUGAUCUUCUGUGGUAUUUCCCUGGUGAAGCUGCGCUCCUGGAGGACACCUGCUGCAGGAGCUCUGCUGCUCUUAAACCUGCUCCCGGCUUUAUACACGGGUUUAGUUCACCAGCGUGGAGUCCUGGACGUUAUGGGUCACCUGCAGCACCUGUGUGACCUCAGAGACUCUCACAGCUCACCUGAGCCACAUGUGCUGUUCCUCAUGCCCUGCCACUCCACUCCGUUCUACAGCCACCUUCACUGUCCAAUCAGACUCCGCUUCCUGGAAUGUCCCCCGGAUCUCCGCAGAGAUCCGGAUUACGUCGACGAAGCGUCCUUGUUCUACGCAGAUCCACUCGGCUGGCUCGGGACGUCGUACCCCAACCGAUCCGCGCUUCCGUCACACGUGGUCUUCUUCCAGCCGCUCGAGAAGGAAAUUUCCACUUUUCUGGAUGGAAACCGGUUCAUGAAGAAAGCUGAAAUAUUCCACACGCAUUUUCCUGAAGGACGGGUAGGAUCAAGGAUUUGUAUCUACGAGCGAUAACUCAAAUCCGACCCGUGGAGCUUAGAGAAUUGAUGCACUGUUGUUUUUUUUUAUUUUUAUGUGAAGUUAAAAAAAAAAAUCGAACUUGACGGACGUGUGUGACGUAAAAUUUCUAAUUAAACCCGUUUUGUAAAACGUGUCACGGAAGUUCUUUUUUUAAAUCUCUCUCACACACACACACACACACAAAUCUUUUUUUUUAAAAAUAAAUAAAUAAAUACCCAUUUUAUUUCUUUAUUUCAGCUUCUAGAAGGAAGACAGUUAACUUCAAGCAAAAUAACAUUUUUAUUGUGUAUUUUUUUUUUUUCUCCAUGAGCCGCAAAACAGCAAUUACUUUUUGGACAAUUGAAAAAAAACAAAAAAACAAGCAAACAAGUUUCAACAGGAAUGUAACCUAUCCAGCAUGACAUAACAAAAAGGAGAACUACACAACACACCCAGGAUGGAAACGAAGGUCUUGCUCCGUGUUUACACAAUCAAGUGUUCACGUUUAGCAGCAAAAAAAAAAAAACAGCGAGAAAAGUGAUCCACAGUUCAAUGUACUUCAGCUGAAAGCUCAGUAGAUCAGGCUUAAAUCACUUGGUCCUACGCAGGAUUAAUGACACUUCACGCAAUUAAAUUAGUCUAUUUAAUACAAAUAAACUGUUCUUUCUUACCAACACACAGUGCUUCGUUUAAAUUAAGUGCAUUCUCAAACGUUUUGUUUCAUACGUCAUUAUGUAUAUAGUUCUCUUGCAACUGGAGCUAAAUAACUGGUAGCUGAUUAGCGUCUGCGCUUGCCUAUUGACUCCACUGAAACCUAGCUGCAGAUUAGCGCUCACACACACACACACACACACACACACACACACAC